AUGACGUUGUGGGCCCAGCGAUUUGCGGGCUCCGUCGGUGAGAGCGCGAAACAUCAGCUGGGGCCACAUGGAAGUUCGAAUGAUAUAUGGCUCGACAUUCAACAAACGAUUCUAGCCGACCAGACAAAUGUGUUGACAAGCGGUAGUUUUGUACCUAUCGCGGCCACCGUGAAUCAGCGAUCCCCCGGACUGAGCCGACUAUCCAAGAAAAGGCCGGCGGGGAUAGAUGCGGCUAUAGCCGGCUCAUCGCUGACCAUAGAGCAGCCGCAAAUUCCUUAUAAAAAGACGCGCAAGGACGCCGCACAUAGUGCUAUAGCUCCGGAGAAUUUUAACCAUGUUAUACAGGCCGUCAUAAACCCACAAAUUGCGCAACAUGGAGCUGUAUGGUCCGAUGCCAAACGCCAGGUGAUCGGUGCCGUGGAGGUCCAUGUGCCUGCAUCCCCUACAGAGAUCGUCACAGUGCAACCGAAUGGGGCUAUACAACACGUCCUUGAAGAUCCCCAGUGUGCGCCAUCACCAGUGGUGACCGCCUAUGAUUUGGAGGGUCUUGACGACAUCCUGUCCUGGACUUCAUCGUUUCUGGAACAUAGAGACUUCACUCCAGCACAGUGGAUCGACUCUCCUGCUACAUCCUUAGGGGCUACCAGUGCAGAGACUGUGCAACACCAGCAGCCUGCAGAUCCUCCAUCUGGAUCCCUACACGCCCUUCAAGACCCUAGCGGCGACCCUCAGUGCAUCGUGAGUCUCAGCACUCAAGAGGUAUCGGUGCCGCUGCUACCAGCUGCCCCCGUAAUUGCGGUUGAUGAACACCAUGCAGGGGUGCAAUGUGCUAAAUGGCGUAAAGAAUUUGCUGAUAAAUUAGCAUUGUUAACUGCAUCGGUGGAUGUAAACUCCUUAACCAUUGCUCGUCAGAGUAAACUGAGUGUGGCGGCUGCUAAAAGUGUUGACAUUAGAUAUCAGACUCUCGAAAAGCAGACUAAGCAGUCCUUCAUUACCAUCAGGGGCGAGAUUGCGAGUGAUCGACAUCAGAACCCCGUCCUCAAGAAGACCUAUGGCGAAUUGUGGGUGCAGUUUCACCUCAAAGUCAAGGCUCUCAAAAAAGAUCAUGGUUUAAGAGUCGUGGUCAUGUGGGAGUGUGUCAUGGGAAGCUGA